AUGGCCCCUUCCAUCCAAGAGCUUUAUCACGACACCGUGGACAACGCCACACCCAACGUCAAGAGAUCAUCCUCCUCCUUUGACCCCAACGACAUCUCCAUCAAUGCUCGUCCAUGCGACCUUGGCCGUGUUUCCAGCCUCAUCGACGACAUUGCCUCAUACAACUGGGGUCACAUUGACUUUUCCACAGACCGCAAUGCCCGUAUAUCCUUGCUGUCCAAGGCUCGAUCUCUGAUCGCCGCCCUUGAAACCCCAAGAGAGACUAUGCUAAGGCAUAUCGGUGCCGAGACCUCCAACUUCUACACCAUCGCUAUUGGCAUUGAAACCAACCUCUUCCACGAAAUGGCCAAGGACAACGGCUCUCCCAAAACUGCCACCCGUCUCGCCGAGGCCAUCUCUUUUGACCCGGACCUCCUCCGGCGCAUCCUCCGUCACCUGGCUUCCAUGAACCACAUCAUCCAAACAGGCGAAGACGAGUACCGACCCAACAACUUCUCCAAAGCCCUCACCAACUCUGCCCUCGCCGGCUCUUACCAUUUCUGGCGAGAUCUCUGCAUCCCCGCCAUGAGCAACCUACACAAGUGGCUCAAGACCAAGUCAUAUCAGUCCCCGACAACCGUCAUCGACAACCCUUUUACCUUUGGACACCAGACUUCACAGACGCUCUUUGAGAUGGUUGGCUCGACGGCAAAGAAUACCGAACACUUCAACGCUAACAUGGUCGCCUACUGCCAAGGCCAGCCAGCAUGGUGUUGUGAAGACGUCUACCCAGCCGCCGACCGUCUUAUCUCGGGUUUUGAUUCCACUCCUCAGCCGGAUGGCUCGGACCCAGUAAUGCUGGUAGACAUAGGCGGCAACGUCGGCCACGACCUCCAGACCUUUAUCUCCCAACACCCCUCCCAUCCCGGCCAGCUAGUGUUACAAGACCUGCCCUCCGUCAUUGCCGUUGCUCCUCCCUCCCUCACUUCUCCUCUUCCCAAUGGGAAGUAUAUCCAACUCCAAGAACACGACUUCUUUACUCCCCAACCCGUCGUCGGAGCAAGAGCGUAUUACAUGCAUCACAUCAUGCACGACUGGCCCGACAACAAGUGUAUUGAUAUCUUGACUCAGAUCAAGAAGGCGAUGAAGCCGGGGUAUUCAAGGCUGUUGAUUAACGACCAGGUUAUUCCGGAGAAGAACGCAAGCUGGGAGGCGACGUAUUUGGAUUUAUAUAUGAUGGCUAUAUUUGGGGCCAGGGAAAGGACGGAAAAGGAGUGGAGGAGGUUGUUAGAGGAUGGGUGGGUUGAAGAUCUUGGAUGUGUAUGGGCCGGGAGGAGGGGUGGAGGGGGUUAUUGA